AUUUUCUGGUCUAUCUCUAUGUGGACCUUGGACACACGCUGUAAUCCUAAUACGCUGGCAGUGGUGUGGGCUUAAACGAGGCAACAAAAUCAUUAUCAGUGAGAAAUUCGAUAAACGGUGCGUUUAAGGAUUCCGUUCGUCUUCACAGUUGCAGUAAGACCAAGGAAAACAUUGGCCAUUGGCGAUUGGGGAUUGUUUCGAUCGGAGAUUGAGCGGGUAUAUAUCCCGUUCACACUCCUAUUCAAUUUCAAUUCAAGUAAUUUUUCUAUUUCACUGUCUCUCUAACUUUCUCCAAAUCUCGUCUCGUGUAAUUCAUCAAAAAAGCAAGAUGAUAAAAGCAGUGCUGGUGAUGAACACGCAGGGGAAGCCUCGUCUCGCCAAAUUCUACGAAUUUCAGCCCGUGGAGCAGCAGCAGGAAGCUAUUCGCAAUGUGUUUUCAGUAUUAUGCAGUAGACCUGAAAAUGUCAGCAAUUUUGUAGAUGCCGAGUCCAUCUUUGGCCCGGACUCUCGCCUUGUCUACAAGCACUUUGCAACUUUAUAUUUCGUGUUCAUCUUUGAUAGUUCUGAAAACGAACUUGCUAUGCUUGAUUUGAUACAAGUCUUUGUUGAAGCAUUGGACAAAUGCUUCAGAAAUGUAUGUGAGCUUGAUAUCGUGUUCAACUACAGUAAGUUGCAUACUAUACUAGAUGAGAUCAUUCUCGGAGGCCAGGUGUUGGAGACAAGUUCAACUGAGGUGAUGAGAGCUAUUGAAGAAAUAGCAAGACUUGAAGCAGCAUCCAGUGCAAUCAAUCUUGUUCCAAAAUCUGUUUCUGGUUGGAGGUCCCGGUAAAAUAAUUUCUCAAUUAAACUUCCGGAAGUUGGGUAUACACAUACAGAGGGGCAUAAAGGUGAAAUGUAUAUAUGUCCUGGGAAGUUCGUUGGAUAUUGUUGGCUAGAACUCUGGAGUGAGUGCUCCUAAUUUAUAUACGACUGACAUCCAGUAUCACAAUUGAGUUGAGUUGACCAUGGAAGUUACUGUCGAUUAAUCUUACGACACGGAUCAUUUAGGCAAUUGGUGUGUUUAUAUUUGUGAUUGAUUCCCUAACCAUGUUUGAUUAAAUAACUAUUGUGUACAUCUUAACUGUUCACUCAUUGUUCCCAGCUCAUCCCAAUUUCAGUUAAUCUGUUUGAUUUAAA